ACCUCCUUCGUCACAUUUCCUCAAAUGAAAGUGAAAGUUGGUCUGAGCGACAGCAGAGCUGCAGUCGAGACAAGUCUCUCUGUUUCUCUCUAAAGAAACAUUCAGCUGAAUCCAUCAGGUUUUUCUCAACAAAACAGCAGAAGCUCUGCCAAACACUGAGUAGAUAUGUCUGCUGCCAGCUGUCUGCUGACUGAAGAUCAGUUUCUGUGCUCCAUCUGUCUGCAUGUGUUUACUGAUCCAGUCAGCACACCAUGUGGACACAACUUCUGUAAAACCUGCAUCACUGAACACUGGAAUACUAAUGUCCCGUGUCAGUGUCCCAACUGUAAACAGGUUUUCUCCACACAACCUGAGCUGCAGGUCAAUACCUUCAUCUCUGAGAUGGCUGUUCAGUUCAGACAGUCAGCUCAACAGAAAGCCAGCAGCAGCAGCUCAGAGCAACAAGUUGCCAAACCAGGAGAAGUUCCCUGUGACAUCUGCACUGGAACCAAACUGAAGGGCCUGAAGUCCUGCCUGGUGUGUCUGGCCUCCUACUGUGAGACUCACCUGGAGCCUCAUCUGACAAUGUCAGGCCUGAAAAGACAUCAGCUGAUCGACCCUGUGGAGAACCUGGAAGGCAGGAUGUGUACGAAGCACGAUAAACUGCUGGAGCUGUUCUGUAAGACCGACCAGACGUGUGUCUGCAUGCUCUGCACUGUUUUAGACCACAAGACACAUGAUGUUGUUCCUCUGAAAGAAGAAUAUGAAGAUAAGAAGGCCGAGCUGGGGAAGAUAGAGACUGAAACUCAGCAGCUGAUCCAGGAGAGACGACUGAAGAUUCAGGAGAUCAAACGCUCAGUGGAGCUCAGUAAGGAAGAUGCAGACAGAGAGAUAGCAGGUGGUGUUCAGGUCUUCACCGCUCUGAAGGAGUCUGUUGAGAGAAGCCAGGCCGAGCUCAUCGACACGAUCAGAGAGAAGCAGAGAAAGACAGAGAAACAGGCUGAAGGCUUCAUCCAAGAGCUGGAACAGGAAAUCUCUGAGCUGAAGAAGAGAAGCUCUGAGCUGGAGCAGCUCUCACGCUCUGAAGACCACCUCCACCUCCUCCAAAGCCUCCCGUCCCUGAACGCUGCUCCACCCACCAAGGACUGGACAGAAGUCAACGUCCGUCCACCUUCAUAUGAGGGGACUGUGGUGAGAGCUGUGAAUCAGCUGGAGGAGAUGCUCAGUAAACAGAUGAAGAAGCUGUUUGAGGCCGAGCUGAAGAGGGUCCAGCAGUACGCAGUGGAUGUAACACUCGAUCCUGAUACAGCACAUCCCUAUCUCAUCCUGUCUGAUGAUGGAAAACAAGUUAAACAUGGUGAUGUAAAGAAGAAUCUCCCAGACAAUCCAGAGAGAUUUGAUACUUCUGUUAUUGUCUUAGCAAAGCAGAGUUUCUCUUCAGGAAGAUUUUAUUACGAGGUUCAGGUUAAAGUGAAGACUGAAUGGGAUUUAGGAGUGGCCAGAGAGUCGGUCAACAGGAAGGGACAAAUCAUAGCGAGUCCUCAGAAAGGUUACUGGACGAUAUGUUUGAGGAAUGAAAAUGAGUAUGAAGCUUAUGCUGGCCCUGCAGUCUGUCUCAGUCUGAAGUCUCAGCCUGAGACGGUAGGGGUGUUUGUGGAUUAUGAGGAGGGUCUGGUCUCCUUUUAUGACGCUGAUGCUGCAGCUCUGAUCUACUCCUUUACUGGCUGCUGCUUCACUGAGAAAUUCUACCCACUCUUCAGUCCCUGUCCUAAUCAUGGUGGUAAAAACUCUGCCCCUCUGAUCAUCUCUCCUGUCAGUCACUCUGAGUAAAACAACCAUUUGAUUUACAGAAAGAUUCACUAUCAUUUAAUGUAAUAAAUGUAUAUUUAUCGGUGACAGUGUAUACAUUGUUGUUUUUUUCAGAUUCUGAUCUGUUUUUCUGAUACUGAUUAAUCAACUGAUGACUGAUUGAUUGAUCUAAUGUAACCUAAUAUAUUCUAAUAACUGCAUUACCUGCUUUCAAGAAUGUUAAAUCAUCAGCAACAAGGUACACAGCGAUAAGACGUUCCUAAAAGUCUGGGUUCCAUUGUGUAAUUUUAAUUAUUGUAUAUAUAAAAAGUGUUGCAUACUGUCACAAAUUACUGAAGAGCAGUUUAUGACAAAAGUCAUUUGUUUUUCUCUUUUUCUUUUUAAAUAAACAAAAGCAAAAUCAA